AUGUUCUUUUAUUCUCAUAAACAGGCAACAUCAGGUGGACGAUUAGCAGCUGCUCGUGAUGCAAGAUCAUUAACAACUGCAAUUAAGAAUAUUAAUGCAAAGCUUGGACCAUUGGAGGUUGAGAAAAAGAUAGAAGUCAAUCCGGAGUUGACAGAACAAAAAGGAGAGGGAACGGAUGUAUCCAGCAAGAAUGAAAAGUCUCCAGACUCACCCAAGACUCAGCAUGACCUUGCAGCUACGCCCGCCAAAGUGGAGUCACCUACCAAAUCAGUGGAUGUUGUGGAACCAACUAGCAAAGCACAAGUGCAAGAAGACUCAAUAGAUAUAUCCUACAACAAACAUAGGAGCACCGAACCUCUGGUAAAAAAUGUAUUAUCUCCAACAGCGCUUAAUGAAGAAUCUUCUAAGUCACCUCAAGACGUCACAACUUCCUCAUCCAAAAGUGAAGAGUCUACCCUAUCCCCCAUGAAACACAAAGACUCUUCCUCACCUGAAAUCGAUACACAUGAAACUAAAGAUUCUACGCCAUCACCCAAAAAACAACAUGACUCCACUGCUUCCGCACCCAAAAUGAGUACACAUGAGCCUAAUCCAUCACCAAAACAACACCAUGACUCCACAGCUUCCUCACCUAAAAUGAGUACACAUGAUCCUAAUCCAUCACCAAAAAAACACCAUGACUCCACAGCUUCCUCACCCAAAAUGAUUAUACAUGACUCUACUCCAUCACCAAAGAAACACCACGAGUCUACAACUUCCUCACCUAAAACGGGUAUGCAUGAGUCUACUCCGUCACCAAAGAAACACCAUGAGUGUACAUCUUCCUCACCUAAAACGGGUAGACAUGAGUCUACGACAUCACCAAUGAAACACCAUGACUCCACAACUUCCUCCCCUAAAAUGGUUACUCAUGAAUCUACUCCAUCACCGAAAAAACACCAUGACUCCACAACUUCUUCACCUAAAGUGAGUACACAUGAGUCUACAUAA